AUGGCAUUCAAGGUAGGAUCAAUCGAAGUCAUACAGACUCCUCUCCGGCCCUGUGAGGAUGAUCCCAACUAUGACAAUCCGGACCCGAGCAGGACUCUUUUGUCUAAAGGACAUCGGAAAAAUCCCGUAUACGCUGCUUUCCAAGCAGAUACCAUCUUCGAGAAAGACGUGCAGAUCCCUUUACGUGACGGGUCUCAGAUCAGGGCCGACAUCUUCCGUCCAGCAGAUGAGGGCCACAAGGUGCCUGCUCUCGUUGCUUGGAGCCCCUAUGGAAAGUCUGGUAGAGGUUUCUUCCAUUUGGAUCUCGUCCCAGGACGGGUUGGCAUUCCCCAAUCGAGACUGUCCAAGUAUGAGAAGUUCGAAGCUCCCGAUCCAGCGGAAUGGACCGCACGAGGCUACGCGAUUGUCAACGUCGACGCGCGAGGGUCGUGGGACUCAGCUGGAGGCUGUUUGCCCUGGUGGGGGACUCAAGAGGGGAGAGAUGGCUACGAUGUGACAGAGGAGCUGGCCAAGAUGGAUUGGUGCAAUGGCAGCGUGGCAUUCGUUGGGAAUUCGUGGCUUGCAAUGGCCCAGUGGUUUGUCGCCGCUGAACGUCCUCCACAUCUGAAAUGCAUCGCUCCAUUCGAAGGUGCUUCAGAUGUAUACCGCGAGCUCAUUUGUCGAGGAGGAGUACCGGGGAAAGCAUUCGUGAAAUUCCUCGCGGGAUUACUUUUCGGACGUAAUGGAACGCAAGAAGAUCUAAACUCGAUGCUUGAAAGAUAUCCAUCGAUGAACGAAUACUGGGCCGACAAACGAGCCAAUGUCGGCAAGAUCAACAUCCCGAUAUAUGCCCUUGCCUCCUACUCGACAGGCCUUCACACAUUCGGCUCCUUGAGAGGAUUCACCGAGGCACAAAGCGCAGACAAAUGGCUUCGUAUCCAUGCAACGCAAGAAUGGCACGAUCUCUACCAGAAGGAAACCAAUGAUGAAUUACAGAGAUUCUUUGAUCGUUAUACUAAAGGGAUUGACAACGGAUGGGAAGAAACUCCGAGAGUCCGUAUCGCCGUCUAUCAUUACAAUAAGGUAAGGUCUUGCCGGGCCCAGCCAGAAGAAAAGACCACCUCACCCAAGUGGGACAGUGGAACCCGACUUGCAAGGAAGCCUCGCACUGACAAAGAUACAUAUGAUCAGCGCCCUAUAACGAACCACGUUGUCCCCGCAUGGCCAAUUCCUUCCACGACCUAUAAAACACUCUAUCUCCACACCGACAACACCCUCCAACACUCAAUUCCUCCAACAGCCUCGACCUUGACCUACCAAUCCGACGUGGCCUUUCAGCAGAUGGAUAAUGAUACCGACGAACUCUGGUUUGUCCACAAGUUUCAUUCGCAAGCAUACCUUGUCGGUUCCGCACGCGCUCGGCUAUUCAUGUCGACGCCCGAUCACAAUGACAUGGACGUAUGGGUGCAACUCCGAAAACUGGAUCGUCAGGGCAAUGUCCUGCAACAGCUCACGAUACCAGCGCACGACUCUCCGAUCCCCGACUCCCAAGUCGAAGUGCAGAACCCGCUCCGAUAUCUCGGACCCAGUGGCGCUCUGCGUGCAAGCUACCGCGCCAUCGAUCCCGCAAUCUCGACGCCAGAAUUUCCAGAACACGAUUAUACCAUCCGGGACCCCCGUGCUCGAGACCAGGUGGUGGAAUUACAGAUCGGACUGUGGCAGACGGGCAUGGCGUUCGAGGCUGGGGAGUCGUUGCUGUUCAAAGUCAGUGGGCAUACGAUGACACUGGCGGAGUUUCCAUUGCUCAGGGGGGCGGAAACAACCGAGAACAAGGGUAGGCAUGUGGUGCAUGUUGGCCCUGAGACGCCCAGCGCGGUGGUUAUUCCUCUAAUCGAGCUCUGA